AUGGCGUGGAUGGCCGGAGCACGACUGAAGGCGGCGAGGAUUACUGGAGCACGGCUGCACUGCAAGAGGGCGGAGGCGGCAUGGAUGGCUAGAGCACGGCUGGAGGCGAUGGACUGGUUCCACGGUACUGAUUUUGCGAAACAGGAUCGCCGUGGAAAAGCUGGUCGAAAUUGGGUUGAUUGGCACGCCAAUUAUAUACAGGAGUGGGACAACAGGCACUUUUUGGUGUGGACUGAUCUGGAGUACAGUGAUGAGCCUGUUGCAACCGAAGAAUAUAUGGAUUGGUUUCGGCAGAUAAUUGUGGUGUAUUUAACCAAACCCGGCGUGCAUGCUGAACAGGGCUUCCACGAAACGGCAUCUUCUCAUAGAUUCGCGGUGGAGACACUUCACAACGUGCACCACUUUCUAAGUGGCCAAGAUACGACAGAACAUCCGGCUUUAGGAACCAUUUCGAGGAUGAUUGAAGAAGGACUGCGGAUAUCCGGGGAGGCUGAGCGGAUGGACUACCGUCCUUCGCAGCGCUCUGCAAUGGACGUGGACGUACCCGUAAGGCAAAAGGCAAAACGACGAACCAAAAAGAAAACCGCCUGCGGAGAGUCGUCAUCUCAGCCCGUACACCGCUCCGAUGACGAUUUUGUGGAACCACCUCCACCUAGAUCUGCAGUUCGAGGCCGUCAUUCUGUCAGCCACACCGUUGGUACCGGCGACGACAUUGGCCUCAGUGAUGUCCCCACUUCUCCAACACGGUCGUCUGUGCAAGAUGACUUUUUUGGGGUGGAUCUAGAGAACGCAUUAACUGGGCUCGUGAACAUUGCAAAGUUCAUUCAGGCACAGCCCAAUAAUCUUGGUGUCUGA